CUCAGCGAUCUCUGUAGGGGUCCAGGUAUCUCAGCCAUGAACUGGGACAACCUCUUCGAGGCCACGAAUGCCGUGGACAAACCUGUGCCAGGGUGGCUCUUCAAGGAGAUUUGUGAUGAUGUGCAGCAUUACCCAGAGUAUGUCCCGGACGUGGCUGAACAUUGCAUGAGGUGUGUGAUCAGCCAACAAAGGAUGGUCUCAUUGAAGGGCUGCUUGACGCUGCGACAUCUGGCGGAGGAGGUGCCUGACUUCCAGAACUAUUUGAAGCGCUGCCCUGAGGCCCUGGAGCACCUGGCGCAGCGCGCCAAGCCGCCCAUGUUGCCACAGGCAAGAAGCUUGGAGAGGGACGAUGACAAGAUCUAUCGGAUGGCUGCUGACCGUGCGCUCAGGGCGGUGGUGAGUGGCCCUUCUGCUGACAAGGCCAGUGUUCGUGCCCGCUGUGAAGGCUUUGGGAACUACAUGCCGCCCCCUGAAGUGGAAGAGGCACCCACAGGUGUCGCGGGACUGGUCAACGAGAUGGUUGGCUUUGUGGGGGAUGCGGUGGCCGACACAGUGGAUGACUUCCGGGAGAAAGGCGCUGUGGGAGCAGUCCGAGACGGCAUCGCCGAUGCUGCUGACUUGAUCAUGGAUUCAGUGUCAUCUGUCUGGGGGCUGCUGGGUGGGAGGACGCGAGCGAUGUGAGUUUCCCAGAGGCGAUAACGCUACGGCAUUAACCAACAUGGAAGUGGAUGGCAUGGCCCCUUGGUAUUUUCCGAAUACCAAACAGGGGGUUUUCCACGUCCAUGUUAGUUCCAGG